UCCAAAGCCACACAGUUGACAAGUGGCGGAGCCAGGUGUCUGAAGAAACGUUGCAUUCCAAAGGAGUAGUAUUUUCAGUACUUCCCAAAGAAAAAGUUUUGUAUAAGUGACGUGAAGAAAAAUGGAGGCUCGAUAUCAAGCCUUGCAGCAGUUAUACAGGGAGGUGCUUGUUGGUGCACCAUUGAACAGUAGCAGCCAUGAUUAUGUUUUUUAUCUGAACCCACCUCUUUCAGCUGAAGAUUUGUGCUCCUCACAUCAGCAGAAUUGGUCUUGUGCCCCUGAGGAAUUAAUUUGGAGCCAUCCAAAAUCUAUUUUGGAUAUUACUCCUGCAGCAUCAGUUAAUGAGAAUGUGACCCCUCAAAGAUGCAAUCCCAGAGAAAUAACAUUACUGCAGUUUACACUGAUCAAGAUGAUGAUCAAAAAGAUACUGAACCCAGAAACAGAGUUAAGCGUGAAAAAAAAGUACAUUCAAAUCAUUGAAACUCUCCUUAAGCCAACUGAAAUUGACCACAAAUUAAUCGGCUUAUUUGGAAGUUCAGAUAAAUUGUUAUCUCACAUGGCUGCAAAUUGCCUGGCCUCACUUUUAUUUUUCCAGCUACGAGAAAAAACAAACUUAAAUGACACCUGGCUGAUUUAUUGUGUUAAAACUCUUUCUCAAUACCCUAAGAGUGAUCAAGUAGCAAACUGUCUCUGGUCCCUUACAGCUGUAAUAAAAGAGGUCUUGAAAGAUACCUGUCUGAAUAAAGCAGAAAUACUGAAGCAACUCCUCAUCCCCUUUGACCCCAUUUUUGAAGAGUUUUACAGUUCAGUUUUGUCUGAGCAUUUUGAGAAUAAGCAAGAUACUUGGUUAAACAGAUUGCUUAGUUUCAUGGAUUUGCUUGAAGUUCUCGUAGCUUCCAGAAUCCACCUAAAAUUGCAUUCCACAUGUCAGCGAAUUCUGUUUUGUCAGCCUUCUUACACUUUGAACAUUAUUACUCGGCCUAUUCAUAAUGUAGUGAAAAGAAAGGUCAUUGUAUUCCUUAAAAAGAGUCUUCUUCAAAAAGUGGGUGAAGAUCUGAUAAAGAUAUUACCUUCCAAACCAUUUGAACAAGAUCCUCAUUUAGAUAUGGACAUGUUAGCUCUGGCUAAUGCCAUUUUGCAAGCUGUGACUGUAGGAUGGCUGAAGCAGUUGCCUUUUAUUGGAAAACCUAGUCAUUUUGGAGGAAGUGAAGAUGGCACUGAAAGUAAUAGCCCUGUUGGACCUGAUCAAGGAAUUCUGAGAGCUUCAAGUUUAGCUGUACUCAAGUCUUUAGAACUCAAGAUCCAGAAUUGUUCAUCAGCAAAGGAAAUGAAAGUUGAUUUACAGAGAUUCACAUCGGAGUUACUGACUUUCUUAAAGGAUCAUCGACAACCUUCCCCACAGUUUUCUUUCCAUCCCUGUGAAUGGGUGUCCAGGGUCUUUAUAGAACAAGACGAUGACAUGCUGGAAGCUGCUAAAGCACUACUAAGCAUUUAUUUAAAGUUUACUAGGUUAUGGCGUGAAGAUCCUAUUGAGUUGAUCCAAGAAAGAGAAAUAUGGAAUCUUCAGACACAUGAAAAUGGCUAUAAUCCUCAUUGUAUAUUUUUAUUCCUCUUAAAAAACAUUGGAUUUGAUGCCACAGUUCUUCUUGACUUUUUAAUUUCAUCGGAAACUUGUUUUCUUGAAUACUUUGUAAAAUAUUUAAAACUGCUUCAGGAAGACUGGGCCCAUUUUUUAAUCAUCUGCAAAUCUUUCGAUGCUGCUGACUCUGACGGAGGCCUACGUGACUGUACUUUUAUCACCUCACUCAUGCAAGAAGGAAGUAGCAACCAAACUGAGCUGCAUCUUCAUGUUGCUUUUCCUGUUGUAAAGGAUUGUAGUUUGCUUUCUUCAGCUUCUGUCUCUUGUCCUUCUGGAGCUAUCAGAGAACAGAGUGGAGGUCAGACUACGAUGCCCAGACAGUCCGACUUAUUGACAUUAGCUGAUAACUCAUCUUCACCAGAAAUUCUUCAAAGUCUUGUAGAUUAUGGCAGCUCAGAAGAAUCUGACGGAGAAUCCCAAAUAAAGGACUCUUUAACAAACAUUAAACAGACACCUUUAAGCCAUGAAGGCAGCACCAAGAUAAGGGAAACUGUCUGGUUGAAUAUAGAUAAAAACCAGAAUAGCCUUGAGCCGAAAGCAGGAUAUCUGGAUCCAAAAGAUUGUAAAACCUCAUCAUUCUCUGGUUGUAAGGCAGCCCCAAGUAGGUUUGCCUAUGAAGUAGGAAUGUGUCUCAAGGCAGUUAAAUGCCUAGAAACACUACAGAAGGCAAUUUAUAGACUCCAGCAGAGACAUCUCUUCCCAUACAACCCAACGGCACUUCUGAAAUUAUUAAAAGGCAUUGAAGUAAAAACUAAAACUUUGAACACGUUUUGAGGAAACAAUAGACCGUGAAUUUUAAGGCAUUGUUGUCUUUUUUAAGUUAUUUGUUAAGCACUGUGUGCCAAGCACUGUAUUAAGUGCUGGGGAAGAUACAUUUAAUUAGGUGGGAUAUAGUCCAUGUCUCAUGUGGGGCUUACAGUAUUAAUCCCCAUUUUGCAGAUAAGGGAAUUGAGGUACAGAGAAGUUAAGUGACUUGCCCAAGGUCACACAGCAGACAAGUGGAAGAGCCGGGACUAGAACCCAGGUACUUCUAACCCCCAGGCCCGUGCUCUCUCCCCUAAGCCACGUUGUUCUCUGUUCGGGUAAGAAUUUGUCUUCACCGGAGGAAAGCGUGAAAUUCUCAGUCAAAGGUGCAUUCUGUGGAGCCAGUUUGAGUCUGCCAGAAGACUCUUCAGAAUGACAUGUCAUUUGAUAAGUUUUAACAAAUGGCCUAGCAUCUCUAGAUCUACCCAUGAUUGAAAAGGUUACGAAAGUCCAGGUCUUCAUAUAUUGGUGAGUCUGAUAAAAAGGUGUUUCUUAUAAAAGUUGUAAGUGAAAUGGUGCCCAUGAAAAUUUUAAGUUAAAUAUUGGCCUUCUGCUCUUUUAAAAUACACUUCCUUUUCCUCAAGGAAUACAUGUGCUUUGAAUAUAAUUUAAUAAAAAUAUAAUGACUAUA